AUGACUGUUAACCCUAUUACUUCUCUCAGCCAAUUCCAAGAGGAAAUCAAGUUCUCUGGCCUUACUGUCAUUGAUUUCUAUGCUACCUGGUGUGGUCCUUGUAAGAUGAUCUCACCUGUCCUCGACAGAAUCUCCGACGCUACUCCUUCUGCCCACUUUUUCAAGGUCGAUGUCGAUGCUGUUCCUGAUGUUGCUUCUGAGAAUGAGAUUUCUGCCAUGCCAACCUUAUUAUUCUUCAAGAAUGGUGUCAAGGUCGAGUCUGUUGUUGGUGCCAACAUUGCCAAGAUCAACGCUGUUGUCAAGGAUCUUGCUUAA